CCCAGCCCCAACCCCAACCCCAGCCCCAGCCUCGGGAAGCGCAGGGAUAGGUCCGUGGCGCUGGGACCCCGCGAUGGGAACAAAACCCCCUUUGGGGGGGGGUUGGACGGGACCAAAGCUGGGGCUGCUCCACCUCCCAUAGUGCUGGGCCCCAGGGUCUGGGGGGGCUCCUGUGGGGCGGGGCAGGGGGAGGGCUUGGCCGGGAGCGCGCAGAGAGAGGUCCAGUUUCCUGCCGUAGGAAGGAGCUCUUUGUUCUCGCUUCAGCCAUGGGUCUUGCUGGUGGUGCCACCGUGGCGGCCGUGGGGAUCGGGAUCGCAGCCUCCGUGGUUGUGCCCAUGGCCAUGGAAAUUCUGGGCUCCUCCGCCGGCGGAAUCGCAGCCAGAUCCUUGGCCGUCAGGCUGAUAUCUCUCACUGGCAUAGACAGCUGUGGCUGUGUGGCUGCCAGGAGCCUGGUGGCCAUAGGGCAGACUCUUGGGGUAGCACUCCCCACGUCCGUGAAGGCUGGGCUGUCGGUGCUGAGAGCUGUCAUCAGGAUUCCUCCAUUCUGAUCCCUGGCAUGGCCACUGGGACCCGCACGAUGCCUGCCGUGACCCCCCCACAACCCGUCCCCACGCUGCGACCCCUGCCCCGGCCCCGUUCCCCUGCCCCGGCCCCGUUCCCCUGCACCGGCCCCAUCUGCCCCUCCAAUAAACGCUCCAGGCACAGCUCAACCGCCUCCACAGGGUCGUGACCGUCGAGGGGGGCGGUGCCGGGGCGGGACGGGGAUGGGCGGGCCGGAAAGGACCCAGCUCCAGCUCCAGCCCCGGGCAGGGCCCAUUCGGGACGCGCAGGCUUAGAGGCAACGCGGGGGGCAGGUCCUGCCGGCAGCUGAAGGGGGAAGAGCCAUGGUGAGCAAACUGAAGGGAGCAGCCAUUGGAGCCGCGGUCGGAACAGGAGCGGUGCUCAUUGGCAUCCCGUUGGCCGUCACCUCACUGGGCUUUACGGGAUCCGGCAUCGUCGCCGGCUCCAUUGCUGCCAAAAUGAUGUCAGCAGCUGCCAUAGCCAACGGCGGGGGGGUAGCUGCCGGCAGCACCGUGGCCGUGCUGCAGUCCAUUGGAGCUGCAGGUUUGUCUCUUGGUGCCAAAAUAGGGCUGACGACUCUCCUGGGGUCAUCAGGUGCAGCACUUGGUGCCAAGCUGUCCAAGGGGAAUAAGAAGCCUCCAGAUGAUGAUGAAGAAAGCCAAAACAGCGAUGACGAGGAGGGUUCUGAUGGCACAGCAGGCACUGGGUAGCCCCCAGCAACCUGCCCCCCCCCGUAAGAGCUGUGGCUAAGCUUGAGCAAUGAAACCAAUAAAGG